CCUUCAGAUUACCUGUUACCUCUCAUGUACGCAUUUACCAGAAGGGACGGGACGUAUUAUUCUUUAUUGAUUUAAAUCUUUUCGGAAUACCGAAGGAAUUUCAGAAUCGCCAAAGAUGAAUGGACAAAAUAGUGGUAAAGUUUUAACAAUGGAGACAUUGAACCCCAAUGUUGUCCAAAUGCAGUAUGCUGUUAGGGGACCAAUUGUAGCCAGAGCAGGAGAACUUGAGAAAGAGUUAGAAAAGGACAAUGCAUCCAAACCUUUUUCAAAGGUUGUCAAAGCUAACAUUGGUGACUGUCACGCUACUGGACAAAAGCCAAUAACCUUUAUUCGACAGGUCUUGGCUAUGAUGACCUAUCCAGAUUUGCUCAAUAUAGACUAUUUUCCUGCAGAUGCUAAAGAAAGAGCUAGGAGACUUUUAAAGGGUUGCCGUGGACAGAGUCUAGGAUCAUACACUGACAGUCCUGGUAUUUCCAUCAUAAAAGAAGACAUUGCUGAUUACAUUUCACAGAGAGAUGGCAAUCCAGCUUCACCUGACAACAUCUAUUUAUGUACUGGGGCUAGUGCAGGAAUUAAAUCUAUUUUAACAUUAUUGCUCACUAAUAAAGGGGGAAAUGAGAAAGCAGGAGUAAUGAUACCCAUUCCUCAGUAUCCACUCUAUUCAGCUUCAUUAUCUGAAUAUGAUGCUUAUCCUAUACCUUACUAUUUAGAUGAGGAUAACCACUGGGCUUUGGACCCAAAAGAGUUGAAAAGAGCACUUGUUGAAGCCAGACCUCAUUGUAUACCAAGAGCUAUUUGUGUUAUUAAUCCAGGGAAUCCCACAGGUCAAGUUCUUACAAGAAACAACAUAGAAAGCAUUAUAAAGUUUGCCAAAGAAGAAAAGCUCUUCAUACUUGCUGAUGAAGUUUAUCAACAUAAUAUCUAUGCAAAGGAGUCAGAGUUUUUCUCCUUCAAGAAAGUGUUAACAGAAAUGGGUGGAGAGUACAGUAGUAUGGAGCUGGCAUCAUUUAUGUCGGCAUCAAAGGGUUUUAUGGGUGAGUGCGGUUACAGAGGAGGCUAUACUGAGGUUAUUAACCUGGAUCCUGAAGUUCGAGCUCAGUACAAUAAAAGUAUAUCAGCUAACCUAUGUCCUCCAUCAUCAGGUCAAGUUGUCAUUGAUUGUGUUGUCAAUCCACCCAAACCUGGUGAUUUAUCUUAUGAUCUGUUUAAGAAGGAGAAAGAUGAAGUUUUGAAAUCACUAGCAGAAAAAGCUACAUUAGUAACUGACACAUUUAACUCUAUUGAAGGCAUUAAAUGUAACCAAGUGCAAGGGGCUAUGUAUGCUUUUCCAAGAAUAUUUCUACCAGACAAAGCUAUUGAAGAAGCAAAGAAGAAUGACAAGUCUCCAGAUGCCUUUUAUUGUUUCCAGUUGUUAGAAGAAACUGGAAUUUGUACAGUUCCCGGAAGUGGAUUCAGACAGAGAGAUGGAACAUUUCAUUUCAGAACAACAAUUCUACCACCUAUUGAUACAUUGAAGUCAGUUCUGAAAGAUUUCAAAGAGUUCCAUGUUAAUUUCAUGAAAAAAUAC